UCAGAAUUAAUCAAUGCCAAUUGGAUAAAUUCAAUAUCAGUACGGCCGCAUAGCCGUUUGCUAAGGGUAAUUGGAAUAAUUUAAAAUUUGCGAAUUAAAAUGUUGAAGACUGUUAAUAUAAUCCGAACUGCAAACGAUCAGCUUUUACUGAAAAAAAUUAUAUUUACACCAAAUUGGUUUAGAUAUUCAACUGGUGUUUUAUGUGAACCUGUUAAGCCGAGCAUACGUACUGCAGUACCCGGUCCUAAAUCAGAGGCACUCCUGAAAGACCUCAAUACCCUGCAGCAAGCAGGUGCCGUUCAAUUGUUUGCGGAUUACGACAAAUGCGCGGGAAAUUACUUUGUGGACGCCGAUGGGAAUACAUUCCUCGAUGCGUUCACUCAGAUAUCGUCGGUGCCCAUCGGGUAUAAUCACCCAAAGUUGUUAAACGCCUUUAGUGAUGAACAUAACUUGAAGCAACUAAUAAACCGACCGGCGUUAGGUGUGUUCCCGUCUCAGAAGUGGCCUGAGAUGUUAAACAAAGUACUGAUGCCGGUGGCGCCGCGCGGCCUCAACUGCAUAGCCACAAUGAUGUGCGGCUCCUGUUCCAACGAGAACGCCUUCAAAUCUGUCUUUAUGUGGUAUCGAACUAAGGAACGAGGCGGAAAGAUCGACUUUACACCGGAAGAAAUGAAUUCCUGCAUGAUCAAUCAGCCUCCAGGAUCUCCUCAUCUAUCUAUUUUGUCUUUCAAAUUAGCUUUCCACGGACGCACGUUUGGUGCGUUGUCGUCGACGCGGUCAAAGCCGAUACACAAGUUGGACUGUCCGGCCUUCGAGUGGCCCGUGGCCUCCUUCCCCCGGUACAAAUACCCCCUCGAGGAGCACCAGCGGGAGAACGCGGAGAUGGAUCGCAAAUGCUUGGAGGAGGUGGAGGACAUUAUCCAGUGCCAAAAAUCAUGUAAUCCCGUAGCCGGUGUUAUCAUAGAGCCUAUACAAGCCGAGGGCGGAGAUAACGAAGCAUCACCUGAAUUCUUCCGGAAACUUCAGCAAAUAUGCAAGAAAAAUGGUGUGGCACUGAUAAUGGACGAGGUGCAGACGGGGUGCGGGCCGACGGGCAAGAUGUGGUGCCACGAGCACUUCGAGCUGCCCUCGCCGCCUGACCUCGUCACCUUCAGCAAGAAGAUGCUCACUGGCGGAUUCUACUUCACCGAAAGCUUCAAACCUCCUCAUCCGUACAGAGUAUUCAACACCUGGAUGGGUGAUCCAGGAAAAUUGAUUCUUUUGGAAAAGGUUUUGGAAGUAAUCAAAAGUGACAAUCUCCUUCGAUUAACACAAGAAGUGGGAGAUCAUUUGAAGAAAGGUCUCCACCAGCUGGAGAAGGAGUUUCCGAAUGUUAUCAACAGCGUCCGAGGUCGCGGUACUUUCUUAGCUUUCGAUGCAACCACCUCGGAACUCAGAGACAAGAUUAAUAACAAAAUGAAGAAAAAUGGUGUUCUGGGCGGAUCGUGCGGGGAUCGGGCGAUACGUAUCCGACCGGCCUUGGUGUUCCAAAAGAAACACGCUGAUAUAUAUCUAGAUAUUUUAAGGAAAACACUCAAAGAAUUUUAGAAUUUUACAGUACAUAAUCUUGUCUAUUUUCAUUCCAUACUUAUUUAGUAUGAGGUGCAGUAUAAUUGCAUUAAU